AAAGAUGCUGUGUAGGACCCUUCUGCUGUUUUUUGUCCUUCUACCAAAACGUACUGAGCAAUGUACAGAGAGGUUUAUGGAGCUACCACUAGUGACAUACAGAGCACAGAGAAUAGGAAUGAAUCUACCUGAAACAUAUGUGAGUAGUAAUACACUGAGAGUCCUUCAAGAGUAUCAGUUCAAUUGUUCAUCCACUAAUAUAACCAGUCUUAUAUUGGGUAUUAAUAUAAGAGAAGCUACUAAUAGUCGUAAUCUCUAUCCCAGUGUCCAGGUCUUUAGACCUAAUGGUAGUCUAGUGACUGGUAGUGAGAGAACUAUUUAUUAUUCUACCUCUAAUGUCAGUACUAGUGGAGUGUUUGAAUAUCCACUCGAUCCUCCUAUACCAGUAAUGAGUGGAGACCUGUUAGCUGUAUCACAACCACCUCAAGGGGACAGUGUUGUUAGAGUCUACUAUAUCAGUGGUAUAACAGCAAAUAGUCAAGAGUUUAGCUAUGGGGAUACACAUAUUGACUUAACUACAAAUCCAAUUACAAAUGAGUUGAUAUUAGUAUGUCCAGUAACAGGUAAGACACACACUCACUGUAUCAUUGAAUUAUUUUACUAUCAUUAGAUGGAUACUGUGUUAAUAGUACCAAUUGAAUCAAUGCUUCAUUUAUUAAAGAGAAAGCACUUGAAGUACAAAGAUCACAACCUUUUUAUCGCCAAAGCCAAUAUAUUUAUCCAUGGAUUGUAUUCUCAUGUAAUGGAUCAGUUACUAAAUGGAUCUUUGGAGCUAACAAUAAUGGAAACACUGCUAUUCAAUCUGAGCUCCAAAUAUGGCGUCAACUGGGUCCCAAUAAUUACAAUAAAAUAGGAUUUAGUUUAGUUAAUGCUAAUACAAUGAUUGGUACUAAUCUCUAUGAGUUUAUUCCUCAGACUCUACUGCAGUUCCAGGAAGGAGACAUAUUUGGUGUUUAUAGUGAUAGAACUGAUGGAGAAAGAUUAGUUCUAUAUGAACAGAGAUUUAAUGGACCAACUAACCUACGAAUCAGUGAUAGUCUAGACUCUCCUCCAUCAACAAUAUCUGAAACACUCAUAACAAUAAACAAUGACUUUCCAUUGGUCACUGUGGAGAUCAAUAUAUUUACCCAACCAACUGUUGCAAUAACAUCAAGUAUAACUGAAAAUAUUUUAGAAGCUUCUGUUUCAUUUACUUCAUUUAUGACUUCACUUUCUCCUACCAUGUUUUCACAUAUAUUCUCUCCCUCAUCAUCAUUCUCUCAUGAAUUAUCAAUUGUUACUGAAACAAUGAACGAUAGGCAGACAGCUAAAGUACCUAGUCCCUCAACCACACAUAGCACAAUAAAGCCAACUAUAUAUAAUUCCUCCACUAGUAUGUUUGUCAUAUCAUCAACUAUACCACUCACUCCAGCUACUCAACCAACUGAGCCAAGUGCAUCAUUUCUAGUUGGUGGAAUUAUAGUGGGAGUGGUCUGUAUAAUUCUUGUAUGUACAUGUCUACUAAUAAUAGCAUGUAUUAUUGUUUGUGUGAAAAAAAGAUCAAAAUCAUUAUUUAAAAGUAAUCCUGAGGAACUAAGCACAUCUUUAAAGAUCUUAACAACAUCUACAAAUGAUGAUCAUGAUACUAAUAUUGAUACUCUGAAGGAUAAUCCAGCUUAUGUUACAACUACUGGAUCUACUUUCAGGUCUACAACACUACUGGAUAAUCCAGCAUAUACUAGUACUAGUAACACAGUACCAGUGGAUGAUGAUACACUGUAUACUUAUGCAAGCAACAACAGCUCCAAUUUAUACAGCACAAUUAAUUUUUAG